UUUAAAGAAAAUUGAUGAAAUAUAAAAUUCAUGGCACAUUGAUAAUUGGAUCAUAAAAUUUAUUGAUUUAAUUUCCUUUAAUGUAGUUGAUUUAGAUAAGUUUAAUGGGAGCACAUUGGAUAAGGAAGUUAGCUCUUAAAAACCCCUUAUUAGUACUUUUUUUUAACCUUUUUGACCUUGACCACCAUGGCAGAUUGGUGGGGUAGAGGAGCUAGUCACCCCAAAUAUUUUCUUCAGGGCAAUUUGCUACAUGAUGAAAAGUAUGCAACAGCAUGUGCUUUCCCUUAAAUGCAUAUUUAUAAUAACAAAUGAAUCUCUUCUACUGAAUUUGAUAUUUAAGCUGCAGUGGUCAAGAAUGUCUUGGGUUCGAAUACCUUUGCUGGCUGAGAAGCAAUUAGGGGGAUUUUUCUAGGCCUGGCGAGGGUUAGAGUUAGUGCAUUUAUAGAAUGAUUAAAACCUAAUGUCAGUAAUGAUGCUCAUGCAGUUUAAUUAUUUUAUGAACUAAUCUAAAUGAAGAUGUUUUGUUAUAGUAUUGUUUAAAUCGUACAAGUGGAAGAAAGAAGAAUUAAACUGAACAAAGAUAUUAAAGUUGGAUUAUUAUACUAUUAUAAUGUGUUGAUGGCUGACGAUAGCUGUAGCAGUUUUAGCGACAGUUCGACGGAAACGUCCACCACAUAUCCUGAACGAGAACGAUCAGCUGACCUCUUUGGUAUUCAGUUGGAGGUGACGUUUCGUCUACUGGAAGCUGAGAAACGCAAAUUAGAAAUCUUCCACAGAGAGCUUGGUAUUCAUCUGAAUUCACAUGGAUUACAAAAGAGAAAGGAGGUCGAGCAACUCAGAAAUAAUAUCAGUCGUAUACAGCAUCAGUAUGAUCACCUAGACGACGAAUAUAGAGUAGCCGCCAUGGGCGCGCUAAAACGGACCAAUCUAAACAAGAGGAGGUCUUCAAGAAGUCAGCCAGCUAUUGGCCUGAAGCAAACACCAAAAGCAAGGCCGACCAUAUUUGGAACUAUUGCGCACGAUCAAAGUCCUUGUGAAGACAAAAGAAGGAAGAGCGUUGGCCCCCAAAUGUUGAGUUUAUCUCAGAUGUUUGAUCUAGCUGGUAACGGCUACGAUCGCCACCUAGAUCACCUAGAAGAUAUUGAUACCCUGAUAUUUCAAGAUGGAAAUCUAUCGUCUGGCUCUCUGGAGGCGUUAAUACAGCAUAUCGUACCAACUUCUGAUUAUUACCCUGACAGGACGUAUAUAUUUGCCUUCCUGUUGAGUUCGAGAUUGUUUAUACGGCCACACAAUUUACUUGCCGAAAUAUGCCAGGUGUGUAUAUUUCAACAGAAUCUUGCUCAAGACAGAAUCGACAAGGGAUCACUGGGUAAAUUUGGACCUCAUAUUGUUAAUUUAUUGAGUGAAUGGACGGAACUAUUUCCCUAUGAUUUCCGUGAUGAGCGUAUGAAGACACAUCUCAAGGAUAUCACACAUCGCAUGUUGGUAAUUUACCCAGAAUUACGGAAGGAAGUCAGCGCUAUGAUGCAUAACCUAGUCAUAAAGCUUGCCAGAUUAUCAAAGUACGAAGAAAUGUUGAGUAAACUAAAUUCAGAAGCUUUACAGAGUGCUCAUGCACAAGUUGUACCAACCACGGACAUUAUUGAAGUUUGUCCUUCACCUUUAGUAUUAGCACAACAAUUAACACAUAUUGAAAUGGAACGAUUAAGUAUGAUCGGACCAGAGGAAUUUGUUCAAGCGUUUGCCAAAGAAGAAAUGAACACAGAGACAACAUUCCGAGAUAUGAAGAAAACAAGUAAUUUAGAAGCAUAUGUUCAGUGGUUUAAUAGACUUAGUUACCUCGUAGCAACCGAAAUUACCUCACAUCUGAAGAAGAAGAAUCGUGUGAAGAUGAUUGAGUAUUUUAUCGAUGUCGCAAAGGAAUGUAUCAACAUCGGCAACUUCAAUUCUUUAAUGGCCAUUAUAGCUGGCAUGAAUCUGAGUCCAGUGGCUCGAUUGAAGAAAACGUGGGCCAAAGUGAACACCGUUAAAUUCGAUAUUUUAGAGCAUCAGAUGAAUCCAUGGAAUAAUUUUGGUUGUUAUCGAUCGUGUUUAAAGGCUGCCAUGUGGAGAUCUCAGGGUGCAGUUGAGGACCGAGAAAAGAUUGUAAUACCAUUCUUCAGUUUAUUUGUAAAAGAUCUGUAUUUCCUCAAUGAGGGCUGUUCUAACAAGAUAGAUGGAGGCCAUAUUAAUUUUGAGAAAUUUUGGCAAUUGGCUAAACAGAUCUCUGAUUUAAUAGCAUGGCAGCAAGUGGAGUGUCCGUUUAAGAAAGAAAACAAAGCUCUACAUUAUUUAUUAACGUCACCAAUAUUCUCAGAAACCACGUUAUCAUUAGCGUCAUUUGAAUGUGAGCCACCAGAGAACAGUUUUGACAAACAAAGACAUAAGACACUCAAAUCGGAAGCAGGAUUAUGACUAUCUACCGAUCCGUGUUAUUUCUGGUGCUCCAAGUUGAUUAGUGGAAUGACUAAACCUGCCCGAUGAUCCUCAUGCAGUGUAAAAUAAAUCCAUGCAUAGACAAUACCAUAAACUAAUAGUGCUAUAGAUACAGGAGGUAGAAGAUUGUACAUACAGAACAGUGCUACGUGACGAUUUGUUUCUGUGCAUUAGAUGUAUCGAGACCAGUAGAUUGAGAAAGAAAGAAAUUACGUAUCGGACAUGGAAGUAUCCGCGCCAUGAGAGACAUCUUGUCAAGAUUAUGAUGUCAAUUAAUUUUUGCCGAGAACGAAUGGUUCGACAUGUGUCCGUCAGUGUUUAGCUGAGAGAAGAGAUAAAACUUUAUUCAGCGUGAGAAUAAUUAUACUCAUUAACUUAUGAACAAAAUGAGAGGAAGAAGCCUAAUUUAUUGUUUAAGUAAUUUAUUAAGAGAACAGACUUGAUAUUUAACGUUUAAGAAAGCAGAAGUGAAUAUUGAGUGUGAAUAUCUUUUUAUUAUGAGAUUGAAUUGAAGUUGUCAAAUUAUGAUGAACUUUUGAUAAGAUUAUUUGAAAAGGGUGAAGAUAUUUAUUAAAAUGGUGUCUGCUAGGUCGAAAGUUUAUAAUAAUAAUUAUUAUUAAUAGGUUGUUAUAGUUUGUAUGUGUAUACGAAACUGAGGCUGGUAUGGAAAUGUCCAACAGAAUUUUUGAAUUGAGAUUUGGCUACCAGUCUCAGCAUAUCAUCCGCGUUUGAGGAGUAAGGCCCUGGAACAGAAAUCAUUAGCUGUUCGGACUUGAAUGAGAAGUUGUAUAAGGUGUUCUUGAGAGUAAGCAUACUCUGCCACAUGUCCUACACCGAUCAAAAAGUAUAUCUAAAUAGGGCGGUAGUUUGAAUCCGACAACAUCUUCAGUCCACCAGAGGACUCUAAAAAUCUGUUACAAAGUGAAUUGUGGGGAUUUAGAAGAAGAGAUUUUUGUCUUGAAAUCCCGCAUAAAUUUUGUUUGUAAAUAUUGUUUUUUAUGACUGAAUUGUACAUAUUAUUAUAUAUUAUUAGAUGUAAGAAUAUUAUCGUACAAUUUGAAUUCAUCGUAGGUUGAAAUAGAUAUAUAUAUUAGGAGACUUCGUAUUUGUGAAUAUAUUUGCCAAAGAGUUUAAAAUAUUUCAUUGUCGAACUUUCUCAUUCUGCUCGUAACAGACUAGUAGUCUUGAAAACCAGACCCAAAUGUAUGUUAAAAAUGCAUGGGAUUAUGUUUGUUAACCAAGACUACUUACCAUUCUAACGAUUUUUUUCUGAUUAGGAAAAAUGAAAAUAUUUUUUGUUAAAGAUUUUGCAAAUUUAUUUAAAUAUAAAAUGGCAUCCCUAAUUAAGCUUACUGUAUCUAUUUAUUUUAAAUUGUUAAAUAUAAAAAUUCUAAAAACAUCAUCGAAGUGUUUAAGUAUUAUGGACAUAUCCCAAAAAUUAACGAAUAUCGGGAAAUUUAACUGAUAUCAUUAAAACGAACUGCAGACAUCUUAUUGGUUGAUCUGCAAGGAAAUAUAUUAGCCGUCCAAUGAUUAACAAGAUAACAAACUCAAAAUUCAAAAAUAACCAAUCAUAUUUAAGGUGACAAAAGUUUUUGAAUUAACUUAUUUACACUUGUUAAAAAUUUGCACCAUCUUUCUAUCUUUAAACAAACAAGGAAUUAACUGAUUGUUAGUUUAGACUUUCUUUUGAAGAUGCAUUAUGUAAGAAUUAGAUAAAGAGCUGACAGUUCUCUCUGUAAUAGUUCAAUAAUAGAUAAUGAAAAAUGAAUAUAUUGAAAAUUUCAGUCAAAUUACUUUUGUUUGAACAAAGUUAUGAGUGUUUGAAGAUGUAGCAUCUGUACUGAACAAUCAAGAUUAAGUCUCAAUUAUAUAUUUAAUUGUAAAACUCUUAAAUGGCCGCGGUCUAAUCUACUUAAAAUUGAAUUCGGACUUGAUUAUGGGCUUGUCAUGUUAAUAAAAGUAUAAAUAAUAGUUUAUAUAACAUUUGAAACCAGAAAAACAACCAGCAAUAGGAAGAUUUAGCUCUUACAUAAUGCAUCUUUAACUUGAUUCAUCAUCAAAAUUUAUUGUUAUUUUUGUUAUUCAUAUUUUUCUCACAAAAUCAAUCUGAAGAUUCUAAAAUAAGACUUGAAUUUAAUUACGGAUUCUAAAAUAAGAUUUGAAUUAUGUGUUGAUUUUCUUUAAUAUUUCAAUAUUGUGAUAGACUGUAAACCAUCAUUUAUUUAUUGUUAAGGAGUCUCUGUUCAAAUUUCUGUAAUAUUAUUUCUUAAUAAAAUGAGUUGAUAAUGUUUGUAAAGAAGAAUUUUUGCAUGUUAUUUCAUGAAUAUCAUAUCUACAUUAUAAUAAGAUAUGUGUUUACACAGAGAGUACGAUGUAAUUAAUCUACUUUCAAUUUCAUAUAUAAUAGGGUAUGAUGUAAUUACUGUAAUAAAACUACUUUCAAUUUCAUCUACAUAUUAUAAUAAGAUAUGUGUUUACACAGAGAGUAUGAUGUAAUUAAUCUACUUUCAAUUUCAUCUAUAAUAAGGUAUGAUGUAAUUACUGUUAUAAAACUACUUUCAAUUUCAUCUACAUAUUAUAAUAAGACAUGUGUCUACACAGAGAGUAUGAUGUAAUUAAUCUACUGUCAAUUUCAUCUAUAAUAGAGUAUGAUGUAAUUACUGUAAUAAAUCUACUUUCAAUUUCAUCUUCAUAUUAUAAGAUAUGUGUCUACACAGAGAGUAUGAUGUAAUUAAUCUACUGUCAAUUUCAUCUAUAAUAGAGUAUGAUGAAAUUACUGUAAUAUAUCUACUUUCAAUUUCAUCUACAUAUUAUAAGAUAUGUGUCUACACAGAGAGUAUGAUAUAAAUAAUCUACUUUCAGUUUCAUCUAUAAUAGGGUAUGAUGUAAUUAAUCUACUUUUGAUUUCAUGUAUAUAUAGGGUAUGAUGUAAUUAAUCUACUUUCAAUUUCAUCUGUCUAUAUAAUAUAUAUAACAUAGGGUUAUGAUGUAAUUAUUCUACUUUCAAUUUCAUCUUCAAAUAUUUCAUAUCAUUUGUGUAGAAAAUGUGAGAAAAAAGAUGUAAAUACCUUAGAAAAAAAAUAAUUAAAAUCUGAAAAAUUUA